AUGCCAGUUAAUCUUCAACCUUCUGCUGGUACUUCUGGUAGUCUCAGGAAAACAAAAUCAAGAGAGGGUACGAGAAGAAUGCCGACUAAUUCGCGACCUCCCCUAUCACAUCGGAUACGGGCAUCAUUCGAAGGAAAGAAAUCUCAGGAUUCUACCAGUUCUAAACAUGUGAGCUUCUCCGGUGGUAGUCCAUCAGAUCCGGAACUCCUCCGACGGAUAAUCGAUGAAGCCAUCUCUGGAGAUGACUUUCAGGCUGGGCUCGCUUCACAUAUAGCCAAAAUUCUCAAGCCCGAGAUUAAAACGGCUUUGGAUACGAUUGAGCCAGUGGUUAAUGCAGUUCUACAACAUGAGCUGCUCUUGAAGAGGACCAAUAAUAGCGUGGACCAUGUUUUAUUGAAGUUGGAGUCAAUGGCAGAUGAAGAAGGAUCAAUAACUCCAGGCCAAGCACGACUUAGUAUCCACGGCGCCCUGUCUUCACACCCGGUAUCAGAAGGGGGCCCACUGCGAGUACCAGAUAAUUUGGCCUCUGCGACUGGUACUCCUGUUUCAUCUUCCAACCAGGAAUCAAGACCCCUCCUCGACCGAGGCCUCACAUACACAGCCGGAAAGCUAACUGAAAUAUCCGACUCGUUGGACUUGAAUAAUCAUAGACUAGGGAAGGUGGUAGAAGGAAUAGCGGAGAUAAAUAAUUUAUUGGCAUCGAAUGAACGGCUGGAUAGUUUGAAAGAAAGUUCAGACAAGAAUGAUACCAAGACUUCGGUGAUACAAACACAAAUAGAUCAAUUGCAGGAGAAUGUUAGGGUGGUCAUCACUCGAAUUGGUCCGGAUCUAGGAGUGAAGGUACAGGCAAUCAAUGAUCAUCUGACUGGAGAAACUCCUGUUCAAGAGACGAGGGCUUUGGCUUCCAAUGGUAGUGGGGGUGAUGUUGAGCUUCUUCAAGCCAUUUCUUCUCAAUUAGAAGCGUUGAAGGAUAGCUUGGAAACAGGAACAUCGUCACAUAAUGAUAAUUUGCGACUCUUGAAGGAACAAAUCAAUGCUCUUCAGUCAACACUUGAGGCACAGAAAGAGAUAUUGGGGGAGAUCAAGGAAGCUGAUAAAAGUGCUGAAAUCUUGGCCGGUAUACACAAAUCCAACGAGUCACAAGAAGCACAUGCCAUAGUUUUGGGAGAGCUCAAAGAGAAAAGUACACAGUCUGAGGAUGUAUCAACUCACCCGGCACCCACAUCAGCAGACGCGGAAAUACUUCAAACGAUCUUGACGGAAGUACAGAAAUCCAACGAGGCCCAUGAGAAGCAUACGGCUGCGCUCGAGAGUAUCAAGGAAUCGGACACAAGUGCAACCAUAUUAGCGGAAGUUCAAAAGUCGAACGACUCUCAUGUCCUUCAUGCAUCUGCUCUGGAAAGCCUCAAAAGUAUUACUCCACCACCAGAACAAACCAACGCAAUCGAUCUAGGCCCCUUCGAAACAAAGAUGGAUAGCUUAAUAGACACAAGCACAGCAAUUCUGACGGAAGUUCAAAAAUCGAACGAGUCACAUGUUUCACACACGGCUACAUUGGAAAGCAUCAAGGCCCUGCCAACUCCACCCUCUAAAUCUCCAAUCGCAAGUGCAAGUGUGGGUUUGGAAAGCUUGGAGAAGGAUAUAGGAACUGUUAUCGAAAAGUUGGACAUGCACGCUGAUAUUUUGGAAGAAAUCAAGACGAAGGAUGUUUCUGGGUCCAAAGGGAUUGACGCUAGUGCUUUUGAUAGCUAUUUUGGUUCCAUUAAUACUUAUUUGGAAGCACACACAGCGGCAUUGGACGAGAUCAAAUCGAGAGAUUUAGCACCUGCUGAUUUCAGUCCAAUUAUCUCGAUGCUUGAAGCUCAUACUGCAAUCUUGGAGGACAUCAAAUCGAGAGCUGCAGGAGGUGAUCCAGAUUUCAGUCCAAUAACCAACCUUUUGGAAUCUCACACUGCAACCUUGGAGGACAUUAAAUCGAGAGAUUUAACGCCCGCUGAUAAUGGUCCAAUCAUCUCAAUGCUUGAAGACCAUGCGGCAACGCUGGAAGAGAUUAAAUCGAAGGAUACAAGAAGUAAUCCGGAUCUCAGUUCAAUAACUGCUUUAUUGGAAGCCCACACUACAGCCUUGGAGGAUAUCAAAUCUAGAGAUCUAGCACCUGCUGAUUUCAGUCCACUUAUCUCAAUGCUCGAAGCCCACGCCGUCACUUUGGAAGAGAUCAAAUCGAAAGAUGCAGGAGGCAAUCCUGAUUUCAGCCCAAUAACUGGCUUGUUGGAAGCUCAUACUGUCAGCUUGGAUGAAAUCAAGGCCAAGGACACUACAAAUAGCAUCAACUUUAGUCCAAUAACUGCUCUGUUAGAAGCUCACACUACAGCCUUGGAUGACAUCAAAUCGAAAGAGUUACCACCUGCUGAUUUCAGUCCAAUUACUGCCUUGCUAGAAGCACACACUACAACUUUGGAUGAGAUCAAAUCAAGAGAUCCAGCACCUACUGAUUUUAGCCCAAUAACUGCCUUGUUAGAAGCUCAUACUAUCACCUUGGAUGAAAUCAAAUCGAAAGGUUUACCAUCUGUUGAUUUCAGUCCAAUAACUACCUUGCUAGAAGCUCAUACUACAGCCUUGGAGGAUAUCAAGACCAAGGACACCGCGAACAGCGUUGAUUUGGGCCCAAUCGCUUCGACUCUGGAUUCUCACCGUGCAGUUUUAGAUGAGAUUGUAUCAAAGGGUGCCCAAUCAAGUAGUGCACCCGCAGCAAUUAAUAUGGAUGCCUUCGAUACACAUUUCGGUUCAAUCACCGGUAUAUUAGCAGCACACACAGCCGCAUUGGACGAGAUCAAGUCUAAAGAUGGUCCUUCCAAUGCUUCUACACCUGCAGAGAAUACCAUCGAAAUCCUCGACAAACAUUUUGGUUCGAUCACUAACAUGUUGGAAGCACACACUGCAGCAUUGGAAGAAAUAAAGGCGAAGGAUUUUACACCUACCACUGGACAAACGGAGCUGAACACAUCAGCAUUUGACGAUCACUUUAGUUCUCUAACACGCAUGCUAGAUUCACACACAGAAGCUUUGGAUGAGAUCAAAUCAAAGAACAAUGAUUCCACUCCGCCCUCGACAUCAAGAGAAAAUGUUGGUCUCGACUCAUUUGAACCACAUGUUACGGCCAUUAAGAGUGCACUCGAUGCUCACAUGGCUGUGUUGCAAGAUAUAAAGUCCGAGGCUCUUGCCAAAAAUGACGUGGAUGCAAAGGUAGUAGACAAUUUGCUGGAACCACACAUCAUAGCUAUCAAGAGUACAUUGAAUGCACAUACAGAAACUCUGGAUGAACUAAAAUCAACCAUUCUUACUAACAACACAAAUUCAUCCGAGAUUGCCAACGAUUCUUUACCUAAGAUACUAGUUACCCUUAAUAGCCACUCUAAUCUACUCACAGAAAUAAAGAACGCGGAUGUUAGUGAUGAGAUCUUGACAGCAUUGCAUGAAUUACAGGAAGGUAAUUCUGCAGCUUUCAAUACUCUCAAGGAAUCGGAUGUCAGUGAUGAGAUACUUACUGCUUUGCAUACUUGUAACGAUUCACAAGAAAAGUUGGAUCGAUCACUGCUUGAACUCAAGACGGCAGUUGAUGUUUCUAUCUCUGAAAAAAAUGGGAACAAGGCAAUUGAUACCGUUGAAGCAUUCCAACCACCAAUUGCUGUUGUAGAUUUGAGUGGAUUGGAGACUCAGAUUAGUGCGGUUAUUGUGACACUUGAAGGCCAGAAUGUAGUUCUGGGGGAGAUCAAGGAUACUACCAAUGCCGGAAUGGAAGCACAUGGUUUGCAUACCACGAAAUUAGGUGAAAUCAAGGGUGCAACGAAUGCUUCAAAUGAUUCUCACACGGCCCAUGCGGCAGUUCUUGGGGAAAUCAGAGACGCAUCUAAUGCUUCAAACGAAUCCCAUGGCAGCCAUACUUCUACAUUAGGAGUCAUCAGAGAUGCAGCAGCCUCAUUGAGUACCGCACACACCACGCAAAUUGCCACUUUGGUCGAACUCAAGCAAGCAAUAAACUCAUCUAAUGAAUCUCACAGCACCCACACCAGCACACUAGCAGAGAUACGAGAUGCAGUCACAAACUCAUAUGACGCAAUUCUUACACACACGGCCACUCUAAGUGAACUCAAAGAAGCAAUCAAUGCAUCGAAUGACUCUCACACUUCUUACGCUGCUGCUCUGGAAGAUCUUAAAUCCAUACAUUCAACACAGUCAUUGCCAGAUGCUACCUCUGAGCCAACAUCGCCACCGGUCCUUGAUACAAGCGCACUAGACACCCAGCUUACAGCGAUCGUUACGACGCUUGACUCUCAAUCUUCAAUAUUGGGAGAAAUGAAAGAUGCUCAUGCCUUACAUACGACAGCUUUGAAUGAAAUCAAGGACGCAACGACAGCAUCUAAUGAGUCGCACACUUCACACACGACAUUCUUGACCGAAAUCAAGGAAGGAACAACGGCAUCUACCGAGUCUCAUACUUCGCAUACAACAGUCUUGAGCGAAAUUAAAGAAGCGAUUGUCCCUAUUAAUGGCAUUAAUGAGGUCAUAAGUACACAUACAGGUCUAUUGGAAGGUCUGAAAGAAGACACUGGGUCACACCAUAAUGAAGUGAAAAGUGAUAUUGAUGGAUUGAGGAAACUUGUAGAUGAAUGUUCUAACAAACACGAGGAAAUUCUGUCGAAACAUGGGGAUUUAAUUAAGGAACAUGGAGACUUCGUUAAAGAAAACCAUGAUGGGUUAAAGGGAACAAUUGCGGGACUUGCUUUGGGUGGAAUUGCUGGCGCGGGGGUUAUGAAAGCUAUAGAUGAUGUGGAUGAAGCGGAAGGUAAGAAUGGUAAGGUAAGUGAUGCAGUUGAACGGGAUGUAGAAGUGCUGGAAGCUCCGGCCGAAGAAGACAAGGUUCUUGAGGAAGCACCAGUAUUGGAAGCAGAAGCGCCAGUGGUAGAAGAUUUAGCUCCAGAGUCUACAGAACAAAACCCGGAACCUCCAGCCGAGGAACAAGUGGCGCCGGAACCAGAAGUACCUACGGAAGACGAGAAGAACGUCAGUGAGGAAACGCUAGUAGAGCCGGAGCUAGAACAAGAAGUUAUUUUAACAGAGCCCGAGAAGACGGUCGACGUCGGCGAAGAUCCAGACACUACGCCAGUAGACCAGGAGCCAGAGCCAGAAGCUGCUGGGAAGGAAAUUCCAAACGAGGAGCCGAUAGCUAUCGAAGCAGAGGCUCCAACGCAAGAAGCUGUCGUUGAAGAUUCGAUUCCAACAGAGGAAGAACCGGAACCAACUACUAUAGAAACAUCGGAUGAUACACCAGCUAUCGAAUCCGAACAGACUGAAAAAGAUCUCUCUGGCGAAGAAAUACUCCCUCAAGGGGAAUGUGAACCUACAGAAACUCCCGAGAAUUCCUCUGAACCCCACCAAGAGAUUGAACUUUCAGCAAGCAAGGAUAACGAGGAGCCCGAAGUUCUUGAGAAACCAGAAUCAAUACCUGAGGAGAGCGAUGUCACAGAACUCUCCCAAGAAGGAUCGGAUCUCGAAGGAGGGCUUGCCAUUGAGGAGAUACCUGGUGAGGAAGAGACUAUUGCGGUGGAAGGGUCUGAGGAGGAAGCAUUUGGUGAGAGCGAGAGAGCUGAAGUACAGCAAAAUGAAGAUGUAGGCGAUGAUGAUAUGAAAUCCACCGAAGAAACGGCGCCUGUUGCUGUGGAGGAAGAGAAACCAGCAGAAGACAUAGUUCCGGAGAAAGUAGUCGAGGAUAUGAGCCCCAGUGAGGAAGCUCUACAGAUUGGAGAAAAUAAACCUCAAGAUGAGCCUGGUUUACAGGAGUCAGAUGAAAACUUGACUGCCGACUUCCAACAGACACUUCCCGCGGAAGAAGAAGCAAAGCUCCCCGAAAUCAAGGAAUCUAGAGAGCCAAGUUUGGAGAAAAUACCCAUCGAGAAUGCUAUUCCAGGAGUCUUGAUGGAAACCCCUCCGGCACACUCGGACGAGACUAUUCCUUUGGAAUCAAACGAUCCUGUUCUGGAGUCUGAGCAAGCCAAGUCACCUGAUUCAGCCGAUUCGCCCGUUGAAAGCGAAGAAUCCCCCGUUGUUCCAGACCACGAUGGUGAGACCCAAAUUCAAACUUCCGAAGCAAGUGAUCAAGUUCCCGCGGAAAACUUGGAAAUUCCUACAGAGUCAGUAUUCAUUGAGCCAUUCAAAGAAGAACAAACGGUUGAUGAAGAGCUGGAGAUGGAACAAUUGACCGAUGAACAUCCGGUCGACAGUGAAGAAGUCAAUUCGGAAAAGGGGGAUCUGGAGCCUAAGGACGAGGAUCUCCCUACCGAAGACACGGAGAGUGUUGUUGAACCUUCGAAAGAGGAGAGGUCUGCAGAAUCAGAUGCCGAAAUUGAGACACUCAUUUUGGAUUCAAACGAUCAGAAUGAGAGUCCUGCAGAGAUCGAUGCGAAGGUCUUGGAAACAGAAGUUGUGGAGCCUAACAAUGAGGAUACACCGGACCAAGCGGAGGAGAAUAUCGAGUCUUCUAACGAUCAAGGCAAUUCUGACCCGCCUCUUGAAGCCGAGGCACCCGCUUUGGACACGAACGAUCAAGAUGAAGAGAAUGUUGAAAUUGAGGCGAAGGAUUUGGAAAUUGAAAAUCCAGAACCUCACAGCGAGGAGAUACCUGAGCAAUCUGUAGAGAACCCUUCACAAACCGUGCAGGAAGAAAGCGAUUCCGAACCGGUCAUCGAAACCGAGACAUCUGUUCUUGAUUCAGACUCCCAUGAUCAAUUUCUCAUUGAAAGCGGAGAAAAAUCAGUGGAACUUCCUGCUACCGAAAAUAGCACCGAGGAAAUCUCCAGCGAGCUUAGAGAAGCCAUUGAGCCCUCACACGAGGAAAUCAUCCCACAAUUACCUGUCGAGACCGAGGAACACAAUUCCGAGUUGAAUACUCAAGACAAAUCUCCAGUUGAUAGCGAAGAAGCCCCCGAGGAACAUAAAAACUUGGAAGACUUCACUCCAUCAUUUGAUAAUGAAGAAAAGACUGUUGAACCAGAAAGCCAGGAAUCCGACAGUGAGAAUGCACCCCUCGAAAUUGAAGAAACACUUAUUGAGGUUUCUCACGAACAAACUCCAGAUUCAACAAUUGAAACCAAGAUACCAGCUAUUGAGUCAAACGAUCAAACGCAAAUUCCUGUCGAGAGUGAAGAGAAGUCCGUGGAACCUGCUGUUAGUGAGCCAGAAGAUGCGGAUUUGGAUAUAACAGAACGACGACUUGGUGAUGACGCUCAGAUCACAGAGAUAUUGCCGCAAGAAACUGUUGAAGAGCCAGCGGUCGAAGAUCAGAGUCCUAUCAUUCCAGAAUCAAGUGGUAAAGCUCAGGAGGUUACCGGCGACCAUGAACCUUUGGAACCAGCAGAGCAACAUGCUGUUGAGGUACCAAUUGAAAGAUCGGUCACUGAGAACCAAGUUCAUUUACCCACCGAAGAGCAAAGAGUCGAAGGUGAUUCCCCAGUAGAAAGUAAUCCUGAGCCAGAAGUUGUGAACGAGAAUGUCUCUAAUGAGAUCGGAUCAAGCGACGAAGACCAGAUCGUAGCCAACGAUAGCGGCAAAUAUCUACCGGCUGAGAGGGAGAUACUUGACAGUUCCCGCGAAGAGCCAAUUUCUGAGAGCGAAUUAACAGCCGAGAAUAUGAUUCAGGAAAAUUCCGAAAAUACCAGAGAUGCAGAAAAACCAACAGAAAUCGAAGAAGAAGUUGCCGAGACGCCUGGUCAAGAUCCGACCCUCGAAAGCCAACCAAGAUCCGAGCCAGUUAUCCACGAAGAUCCUGAAGAUAUCAAAGCCCAUGAUGAAAUUGCUGCCAUGAACGCGGAGAUGGCUAGAAUAUUUGCUGAAGCUGAGGAGGAGGAGGAGAAGGAGAAGGAGGAGGAAAGGAGAAAUGCUCUGGUGGAGACGCAAAUAAAUCCCGAGGAUGAACCUAAGGAGCUAGAGGUCGAAAACCAUAUCGAGGAAGCUAUUGAUGUCUCAGAAGCACAACCACUGGUCGAAAGCCACGAACUACCUGAAGUAAAUGAGCCAGAGGAAGAGCAGAAGGUUGCUGUGACUGCUGAGGAGUGUUCAAACGACACUACCCCCGAUGAAAAUCUGGAAGCCCCAGUCGUAUCACUUACUGAUUCCGAAGAGGAUGUUAUACCCACGGAACCCGAGAUUCAUACGGUUGAGCCUACCAAUAUUUCACCUGCAGACGAGGUGAAUCAAGUCGAGGAGAUUACUCCAGCGACCCAUGAGGACAUUACCGAAAGUCAGAGCCAGAUUGUGGAGGAUAGUUAUGUAGAAGAUGAUUCUCCCAUACUCUCCUGCGAAGAUGAGAGAAUAGGUCUAAAAAUCCCGUCGAUAGCCGAGCAAUCCGAGAAGGAAGUCGUGAGCAACGAUCAUGCGCCUAUUCAACAUGAAGCUUUAUCUGGAGAAGAAGUACAACUCCCAGACAUGGAACCAAUACCUUUCGAAGCUCACAAGGAACCCGAGAUGGAAAGCUUUGAGGGUACACCUUUAAGUGACCGUGGUAUACUUCCUCUGGACAGCGAGGAAGAUAAAUAUUUGCCUAUCCAACUUGAAUCAAAAUCAGCUCUUGAGGAAGUAACGCCAGAGGAACCAAAACUGGAAGGAGAGAUCAACCCCGAGCAAUUUUCGCUGGAAUCUGAACAGGAAACCCCAAAGGAUGAAAUUACACUCGGAGAUUACCCUGCCGAAGAAAUUUUGGUCCCAAGAUUGGAUCCUAUCGAAGAAAGCACCCAGGACCUCGAAAGUGAAGGCGAGAGAAAAGUGAAUGAAAGCCCUCUAGUGCAGCAUCUCGAGGUUGUUGGAACAGAGCCAAAUCCAGAGGAGAACCUAGAAAACGCCGAUUUUAUAGUUGACGAGAGUGUCCACCCCGUGGAGCGUGAUAUUGCACAAGAAUAUUUCGAAGAUCACAAAGAAUUAGAAGCUGAUCCGGUGGCCCCUGAAGGUCUUCAAUUCGAUGCGGCCGAUGACAGCGAAUGGGAUGAAGUAUAUGACAAUCCCAAUGAAAAAGUACAAAGAUUAGAAUCUUCAGCGGAAGUUCUAUCAACUGGGUCCGAUCACGCAGAAGCUCCAGCCAUCGAAGAAAAUCAGUAUCCCAGCGAGCCAAGUCAAGAUGAAAUCUCUUCUGAGAUUCUUCUUCCAAGCCAGUCACCUCAAGAAGAAAAGGCCAUCCUAGAAACGAAGGACUAUCCUGUUCAACAAUUUCCAGCUCAACAUGACAUGAAACCCGAGAUUUAUCAAUCCUUCGAUGAUUAUUUCCCAAUCGAAAAUGAAUCUGUCCGAAACAGCUCUCAUGUUUCAAAUGAAGACAAGCUAGAGUUUGCGGACGAACUAGAUUUUAGAGAAACUCCAGUUGUUUCUGACAGCCAGCACAUAUCGGAGAAUAAUGUUCCUUGGGGAGUCAAGGAUAACUUACAGCUUGAGGAUAACGAAUCCAUAUAUUCCCAAGAAAAUGAGCCAGCGAUCACUACAGAACAUCACAGGCAAGAGAGAGAUUAUUUCUUUGACCCGAGAGCCACUGCCAGUCAAUACGUGGCUACCGAGCAACUAGAACCUGAACAAGAGUCAGAACUUAGCCACGUGAUUGCCGGAAAUGAGUCAGCUCACGAAGCCCAGCUCAGUCAGCCUGAAAGUUCAGCGGAGCAAAGAUACUCAGGUUAUGGUUAUGACUAUGACUAUGAAGAGCCUGCCCUAAAUACACAAUCUUACUCCGACUCGGAGGAUGAUAUGGAGUCAUUUCAAUCGGAACCAGAAACUUCACACUAUGAAUCAAGGAGCUCUUACCCCUUCCAAGGAACCAGCUUUAGUAGAUCUAUACCACAAGCAAGAUAUUCAAGCCAUGAAGAAGUUCCUCAAGAUAUACGUACUUCCUCAAACGACCAAUAUGACAACCAGCAUUUGAGACCAGUGCCUACAUACUCUAACCUAAGCUAUUCUCAAGAAUAUCUCUCAGAGUCCUAUCCAACUCAAGAAGUCCACUAUAACGAGCCUGAACCUCAACACCAUCAACCGAUCACGCCCAGAUAUCAAGCGUCACAUCAAGAUACCAUCUCAGCAACUCCAUCAACAGCUCUGACGACAAAAAUAUCCACAGAGACAUUUCCUACUUAUGACGAAUCCCGACCUGUAUCCCAAGGUAUGAAUUUUGGGUUACCAAUCAGAGCAGCAGAACGUGUUGAAACAAUCCGCGAAAGUAGUGAGCCCACACAUCCUUCAUACAAUGAGUCAAUGCGAUCUCCCGCACCAUCGCGACUACCAAUCGCGAGCCAAAGAUCAUCAGAUAGAAAAUCUAUGGGUUCCUCACAGGGAUUAAGCUUCGGUCUUUCCCCAACGAAAAUUCCGGGUUCCAUUGGAAGGUCAAGCAGAGUUCCAGAUGCUGGAAAUGAGUACAGUGAUUCGACAAGCAGAUAUUAUGAGCCAGUGCGCUCUUUGGGAACUUCACAAGGAUCUAGAUUCGGUCUACAGGGUACGCAUCCAGCUAGAGAGUCUCAACAGCAAAUUCCACAGCCAGGAAACGAAAAGAGGAGUAGCAAUGUGAAAAAUUUGUUGAGUCGAUUUGAAGGUGGUGAAUCCUCAUCUUCAACACCCUCUCAACAAGAGCGUUUCAAUAUCCCGACAUAUCAAGACCGUUUCAGUACUUCUCUUCCUCGACCUGCUGAUAAUGAAUCAUUCGGGAAACAGCCUCAAUACGAACAAGAAAGUCACUUUGAGGCUGUGACGCCAGUUGAUGGUAAUAGGUUCGAUCUCAUGAGUGAAGAAAGUAGUCCAGUUCAGACACCUCUUGAAGAGAGGGAACUCUAG